UUCCUUAUCCUCUCCGAGAGAGAGAGAGAGGAGAGAGAGAGAGAGUAAAAAAAAAAACUCUUUUUCUUUCCGCCGCCGACUCCUCCUCCCUCUCCGACUUUCGAAGUCGGCGACGGAUUCGCGAUCAGAUGCAUUCGCCGGCCUUCGCUCUGCCGAAUUUCAGCUCAAAAAUGGCUUCCUCUUCUUCUUCUUCUACCAGCCGUUGGAACCCCGUGAUCAAACCGCAGCCGUCCGAUUACCAGAAUCUCAGAAAACUGGCUCAGAAAAAGUGGCAGCGGAGCCGUUGCUUUGGUGGUUACUGGAACGAAAGUCGGUCGGUGCAACGCAGAAGGAAACGCGGCGCUUUCGGUGUAAGUUCUUUUACCGUCAGACUGCUCCUGCCGGAAUUCUCUUUAGACGCGCGGAGUUAUGGAUAAUUUAAGAGAUUAUAUGAAAGAUACAUCUGAACAUGAAAAUAUUACACUGCAUAUAAUGCAGGCCAAUCUAAAUGUGCUCUAUGACAUCAUCGGCCUACGAACAUCAAAACUAGGUUUAGUAGUGAAAUUGGUCGAUCAUAAGUGAUUAAUUACGCGAGAAAUUUAAGCUUGUUGUUCCUACUUGCCUCAGGAAGCGCCAAUCGUCAGCGCUACAAGAGUGCAAUGUGCAACUUCUUCAUCGAGCAUGCCUACGAUCUCAAAUGCUGAGAUGCCACUCGCAGAUUCUCUAACUGCUGUGAAAGGAAGCAGCGCCCCCCUCGUUCAAGCGCUAAAGUCGGCCGCCCAACAAGCUGUCUCCUGCUUUCACUUUCCUGGACACAACAGAGGCAAAGCUGCCCCGUCCUCAAUGUCGAGCCUCACUGGUUUGGGAACAUUCGUACACGACUUGCCCGAACUUCCUGAGCUCGACGACCUCUUCUCCCCAAGUGGUGCGAUUUUAGAUGCUCAGAGAAAGGCGUCCGAACUGUUUGGCUCGUCUAGAACUUGGUUUCUUGUUAAUGGAACGACGUGCGGGAUCCAGGCUUCGAUAAUGGCAUCUUGCUCCCCAGGCAAAACACUUAUCCUACCUCGGAAUUCUCAUAUUUCGGCUAUAUCGGGUCUGGUUUUAUCCGGUGCUGUACCAAAGUAUGUAAUGCCGGAGUAUAAUCCCGAAUGGGAUAUUCCUGGUGCGGUAACCCCAUUACAAGUAGAGAGAGCGAUGAAGGAACUGGAGAGAGACGGAAAGACGGCAGCUGCAGUCUUACUAAUAUCGCCAACUUACCACGGCAUAUGCAGCAAUGUGGAAGAGAUCUCUAAGUUGUGCCACUCCCGUGGAAUUCCCCUUAUAGUCGAUGAAGCUCACGGCGCCCAUUUCGGGUUUCACCUCGGGUUCCCAAGAACUGCAUUGGAACAAGGUGCGGAUUUGGCGGUCCAAUCAACGCAUAAAGUUCUAUCCUCACUGACGCAGUCGUCGAUGCUUCAUUCGAAAGGAGAGCUUGUGGACGCGGAUAGGGUGAGCAGAUGCCUUCAAAUGCUUCAGAGCUCCAGCCCUAGCUAUCUCCUCCUCGCCUCUUUAGAUGCUGCGAGAGCUCAGCUGAGUGAUAACCCAGAAAUUUUCGGGAGAGCCCUCGAUAUGUCGGCAGAAGCUAAGAAGCAUCUCAGUCUAAUUCCGGGUAUAUCUGUAUUGGGUUUAUCAAGCUUCGACUCUGCUUUUCCCGCCAUUGAUCCGUUGCGUAUCACUGUCGGCUUUUCACGACUAAAUAUAUCAGGAUACGUGGCCGAUGAGAUAGUAUCCAGCGAACAUCACAUAGUAUGCGAGCUCGUCGGGACUCGAUCGCAAACUUUUGCUGUCAACUUGGGGACUCGAAAGGAGGACAUUCAAAGGCUUGUUUUAUCUAUGAAGCAUUUAUCAUCAGAUUUUUAUCAGGCAAAUGAAGGGAAAACCUCUUUGAAAAGUGGUGUUUGUGCUCCCCUUGGUACUAGCUCUAUGCAGUUGACUCCGAGGGACGCGUUUUUCGCGAAAAAGAGGAAAGUGCUUAUCGGAGAGAGCCUUGGUAAGAUAUGCGGCGAGCUUAUUUGUCCAUAUCCGCCCGGGAUUCCAGUUUUGGUUCCUGGUGAAGUGAUUACUGAGGAUGCACUAUCCUAUCUUUUGGAUGUGAGGAAUAUGGGCGCGGGGAUUAGCGGCGCAGCUGAUGAUAAGCUCUCUUCCAUGCUUGUGUGUGACUUUUAAUGCAGGUUAUUCUUUUGAUGUUUAAUUUUUAACGCGGGAUCGACUCGCAAACAUGCAAAUUAAGGACUAGAAAUAAUAUGGAUGUGUUUGCUUCAAAACAAUGUCAGAACAAAAGGUGA